CCCCCUGUUUGGUUGGUCAUUUUCUUAUUGACUGACUAUUAUGUGAAAUGUUUAGUAGGGACUGAAAUUAGUUUAUUUUAUUUUUUGUUAUAUUGGAGUUCGACUCUGGGGUUCAAACUGUGCUGCUAUGGGAAAGUGACCACCGCAGUGGUGGGAACCCAUUUGAGAUUGAAAUUAGUUUAUACACUUGGCAUAAAAAUGGUUUUUUCCCAGUUGACUUUAAUAUAUGCAUUUGUUAGUGCCGUUUUCCAUUCAAACACAUACUAAUUAAAUAAUUUUUCUUAAUUAAUAAAAUAAGGAUUCCAACUUAAAAUGUCUUACCACCUUAAAUUCAGUCACAUGAAACAGAAAGGCCAGCACCAGUAUUAUCUUGUUGUGAAAAGGAGAAAAUAAAAAUACUUGAACAAAAAAAAGUAUGAAAAAAAUAUUAUUUAGAAAAAAAACUUUAACAGAAAUUAGAAAGUGCAGACCCGCCUAACAUAAAUGUCCAAUCCAUAUUGCCAUACACAGAAAGGCCAGCCCCUUUCGUUGUAAAAAGGGGAAAGGAAAAACACUUUAGCACAUUUCCUUAUUUGUUGUUAGUUUCCUAAGUUCUCUAGUUUCUAGAUUUUAGUAGGAUUUGAUUUGAAAUUUUCUAGUUUAUUGGAGGGCUAUUUAUACCAACACACCCUAAAUUUUUUGACAUUUUCACAAAACUCAUUUUUCUUAAAAUUCCUUUAAUAAUUGUUGAUUUUAUAAAAAGAACAUAUCAAAAUGACAAAUCUGCCCUUAAAUUCAUAACGGAAAAUUUUGUUGUGAACCCACCAGCACCGUACUGCCCCUCUCGACAAACACCUCACUCACACCCCCUCCCUAACCGGCGGCCAUGGUUGCCGGCCAUGGCCCUUCUCUCUAUCUUAUUUUCCUAUUCCUCUCUCUCUCUCUCUCUCUCUCUCUCUAUCUGGCCCAAACCCCCCUUCCCAUAAGGAGUCGCUGCAAUGGCAGGCCCUGUUGACGAAACAACGAAAGAGGUCUCAGAUUUGACAAUGGAAUCGGAAGGAACUAUGAGCAAAAAUGCACGCAAGAAGGAGCUGAAGAACAAGCAUAAGGAAGAGGAGAGGCGGCAAAAAGAGGAGGAGAAGGCAAAGCAGGCUGCCGCCACAGCAAGCUCGCAGGUUAAGAAAAAUAUAGCUACUGAAGAUGAAGAAAUGGAUCCAACGCAAUACUUUGAAAACAGGCUGAAGCAUCUUGCUACACAGAAGGCAGAUAAUAAAAAUCCAUAUCCUCACAAAUUCUUUGUUUCAAUGACUCUGCUUGAAUAUGUAGAAAAGUAUGACGGCUUAAACAAUGGGGAGCAUCAGGAGGAGAUCAGUGUAUCGCUAGCUGGGCGAAUCAUGAGCAAAAGGUCCUCCGGCUCUAAGCUUUUCUUUUAUGAUUUACAUGGUGGCGGUGAAAAGGUUCAAGUCAUGGCUGAUUUAAGCAAAUCGGAGUUGGAGGAAUCUGAAUUUUCUAAGUUCCAUUCUAGUGUUAAGCGUGGUGAUAUUGUUGGAGUGACUGGGUUCCCAGGGAAGACGAAGAGGGGGGAGCUGAGCAUUUUCCCAAGAUCAUUUAUAGUCUUAUCACAUUGUCUUCAUAUGAUGCCAAGGCAUAAAGCUGGUCCUGCUUCUGAUAAUGCUAAUGCGAAGAAGACUGAUGGAUGGGUCCCAGGAAGCCCAAGGGAUCCUGAAACUUAUAUUUUAAAAGACCAGGAAACUCGUUAUCGUCAACGUUAUCUGGAUUUAAUGUUGAACACUGAGGUUCGACAAAUAUUCAAGACCAGAUCUAAGAUCAUUCAAUAUGUUAGAAGGUUCCUGGACAAGCGUGAUUUCGUGGAGGUUGAAACUCCGAUGAUGAAUAUGAUUGCUGGUGGAGCGGCUGCCCGCCCUUUUGUGACUUAUCACAAUGAACUUGACAUGAAGCUUUUCAUGCGCAUUGCACCUGAACUAUAUCUCAAGCAGUUAAUUGUUGGUGACCUGUCUCGUUCCGGUGUUUAUGAGAUUGGAAAACAAUUUAGAAAUGAGGGUAUUGAUUUGACUCAUAAUCCUGAGUUCACUACCUGUGAAUUCUACAUGGCUUAUGCAGACUACAAUGACUUGAUGACCCUGACCGAGGAAAUGUUGAGUGAGAUGGUCAAGGAACUCACUGGUGGAUACAAAAUCAAGUAUCACUCGAAUGGGCUCGAUAAGGAUCCAAUUGAGAUUGACUUCACUCCUCCUUUCAGGAGGAUCGACAUGGUUGAUGAAUUAAAUAAGAUCGCAGAUCUCAACAUAAAUCCAGCAGAUCUCUCUAGUGAUGAAGCUAACAAAUAUCUUAAGGAGGCAUGCAAGAAGUUUGAUAUCAAAUGUUCUCCUCCUGAAACAACAACUCGUUUGUUGGACAAGCUUGUGGGGCACUUUCUGGAAGAGACUUGUGUAAAUCCUACAUUUAUCAUUAACCAUCCCGAGAUAAUGAGUCCUUUAGCAAAGUGGCAUAGAUCAAAACCGGGCUUGACUGAACGUUUUGAAUUGUUUAUCAACAAGCACGAGCUCGCCAAUGCAUACACUGAAUUGAAUGAUCCUGUGGUACAACGCCAACGAUUUGCUGAUCAACUCAAGGAUCGACAAUCAGGUGACGAUGAAGCAAUGCCUUUGGAUGAAACAUUUUGUAGAGCUCUUGAGUAUGGUUUACCUCCAACUGGCGGUUGGGGUUUGGGCAUCGACCGGCUCUGUAUGUUGUUAACUGAUUCACAGAAUAUCAAGGAAGUUCUUCUCUUCCCGGCUAUGAAACCACAUGCUGAGCCUUCUGCUAAAGGGGCUAAUUCUGAUGUUGGAAGACCUUUCUGGCAUAAUUUUAAAAAUCUUCUGGUGUCCCGUGAAUUCUGUUGCUGUUUGAUGACGAGUUUCAUAAUGUUAUGUUUCUUUUGUAUAUAUGAAAUAAAUCGUUAAGAAUUUUCUUUUUCAAGUUAAGACAGUGAAAUUUAUAUUGUAAUUUGAUAUUGUAAUUUAUUUUUUAAGACUCAAGUCUGAAAAUUGUACGAGUAUGUUUACAUGCA